UCUUCCAUAGGCGCGUUCACGAUACCGGUACACUUGCUACAUGAUGGCCGAGGGAGGCGGACCCGAGUCGGGCGGCGCGGCGGACUCCGACUCGGAGCCGGUAGCCGCUCAAAUGCCAACCCCUUCAACCGAAAGUCAAAAACAGACUGUUGGGUCACUUUUGAAAACAACCCUAAGAAAGGGAGACGAAUGGUAAGAUUCAGCAAUGGUUAAUGCUACCUUGGUGUUUUCUGUUAGCGUUAGCUCGCUAGUCAGAAACAGGAAAUGCUAACACGCUAAAGCUAACGAGCUAACGAAACCGAUGCUUGCAAGUAUGGAAAUCGAAAGCUACUGAGCUAGAGAUGUUAGUAUCAAACAAGUUAGCAAGCUAGCUGCUGGCCAGACAUAUUUAAACCUUUCUGUUUGAGGAGUGGUGUCCAGAGAAAGAGCUGUGAAGUGGUGGUCGUAAACAACCCAACUAGUAUGUGGAGAUAAGGGGCUUUUUAGUACAGCGAGUACUUAGACGCUAAUUCCCGUUGUGUGAUAAGUUAAGUGACGUUGACUGUUGUGCUGGCUAGUCGCCUGCAGAAUAGGCCCUGUGUUCAGAUGGUGCUUCUACAGCUAGUCAAACCGGCUCGUUGCGAGUAAAGGGACUAAUCGGAGAAUCGACCCGUUGACAGGAAUAUGAUGCAACGCUCUUGCCUGCCUGAAUCUUAGUGACAUCCCAGUGAAAGUUGCACGACAAGUUUCUUCACCCUGUAGCAAACCCCUGUUAGCUACAACAGUCUCUCAUCAUUCAGAAGAUGCAGGCCUGGGCAGAGUGCAGUUAGAUGUGAUAAAGACGCUUCACCUCAGCAAUUUCAGUUCACAUGCAGGACGUUUAAUUGACUUUAAUUGACAAGAGCAUGUCACGCUAACAUGUUUAUAGCUGUUAAAUAAGUCAGGAACAGUGUCUGAUAGUGUUUCAUGACACUACAAUUAAAACUGACCUACUCUCUCUUUCUGAUACUCUUCAGACUAAAAUGUAUUAUCCACCAUUGUAAAUGUUGACUAAAUUAAACACAGUCUUAAAGGCAGUAACACCGUCUUGUACUUGUUUUGACACUGGUCACUUAAAACAGGGUCCAUGUCCAAACAUCUUCCAAUGUUAACACUUGUGAACAAGCCUAUUAAGUAAAGGAGAUUUCUCGCUUGGGAUGAGAUUAAGUCAAACUAGCUUGCUGUUGCUAUAUCUGCAAAUGCCAUGGCAGUUUGGUGUUGCAUAAUCAUCUGGGUUGGAAUAAGAUUGAAUUCACUCUCACCAAGUCUGAUGUGUCUUGUCAUGCCUUGUACUAACCCUUAUAUGUACUUGUUCCAUCAAAAACAUAUCCAUUGACUGAAAAAUCACAGUUUAGUCUCAAGGAUGUGGGCAAAAAAUACAGGACAAAAAAAAGCGGUUCCAUUCAUUUACUAUUAAUGGUGAUCAACUAUUUCUUACAGGUAUUUAAUAGACAGCCGAUGGUUCAAACAAUGGAAGAAGUAUGUGGGAUUUGACAGCUGGGACAUGUACAAUGUUGGAGAACGCAGCCUCUAUCCAGGACCAGUGGAUAACUCUGGACUGUUCUCAGGUACAACGACAUCUUUAAUAAAACAUUGAUUGGGGUUUUCAAUUCGAUUCUCUUCUCUGCAAAAAUUCUACCUUUUUGAGCCUGUAGUGAACUUUUUUUCUUCCCAUAGACCAGGAGACUCAAGCCCUGAAAGAGCACCUUAUAGACGAGCUUGACUAUGUCCUUGUACCCACUGAAGCAUGGAAUAAGCUUGUCAGCUGGUACGGCUGCCUGGACGGCCAGAAACCCAUUGUCCGGAAGGUAAAACAAUCUAGUUUUUAAAUCCUUUUUUUAUUUGCUGUAACAGCUCACUUAUGGCUGUGGUUGCUGAAUGUCCUCCUCAUUUUCCAGGUUGUUGAACAUGGCAUGUUUGUGAAGCACUGUAAGGUGGAGGUCUAUUUGCUGGAGUUGAAUUUGUGUGAGAAUGACAACAUGGACAAUGUAGUCACACGCCAUUUCAGUAAAGCUGAUACCAUAGGUAAGAAUCUAAUAGUAUAACUUUGAACACUGGAUAUAGAUUUAUUUUGCCAGCCAUUAGAUGAUUUUGUGUUAAAAAAAAGUCUUCUCUGUCCAGACACUAUAGAGAAGGAGAUGAGGACGCUGUUCAAUAUCCCAUCAGAGAAGGAGACACGACUCUGGAACAAGUACAUGAGCAACACCUAUGAGCAGUUGAACAAGCCGGACAGCACAGUUCAGGAUGCUGGUCUCUUCCAGGGGCAGGUAGUACAGAGCUGUGUUUUUCAAAUAACCCCCAUAUUACACACACAGACUCUCUCUUCUCCAUUACUUUUGAAGAACAUCACUUUGCAUACAUAAUUCAUUCACUGGCGAUUUAGGAAAUAACAGGAACAACAAAGUGUCUAAUGUCAAAUGAUACACCAGGCCUGCAUUUACAUAUACUGUAAACUCCAUUGGUUAUGAUGCGCUCCUCUUAUUGUGUCUAUGUCCAAGAAGUCAGGAUUAUACCUCAGUUUUAUGAUAUUUUAUGCUAAGUAUGAGAUGGUGUUAUUUUGCAAUGAUGGUGUAAAUUCUUAGUAAUGUUUUGCAUCUACAGACACUUAAUAGAGACUGACGUGAGUGUAAAAGAGGAAUCAUUUAACUAUAUUAAAGUUUCACAUCCCAAUACAGCAACAAUAACACAAAUUAUGGUUUUGUAUAUAACUGGCAAGUUAAUAUGUCAUGUCCUAUAACAAAAAAAAAAAAACAUUUUAUUUCAGUACUAUCCAAUACAUUUGUUUUGAAUUUAGUUGAAUUGCAGAGGUAUGAAAACUAUUCUUAUACACCAAAUUAAUUGCAGUCGAUGGACAAACCUGUAGCUGCUAAGGUUUGGUAACACCUUUCACAUGUAUCAUAUUCAAUUCAGGCCCGAGACAUGAUCACUCUGACAUGCAUGAUAAUGUUGUGCAGCGACCACUUGGCUCUCAUUCAGCUUGUCCUCCCCCAGGUCCUGGUGAUCGAGCGGAAAAAUGAGGAUGGCACUUGGCCCAGGCAAGCCUCCCAUCCCAAGUACGCAAAUGGCUUUCUUUGUUUUAUCAAGCAUUCAGAAAAUGGAUAGGCAUUGCAUCCUAACAGUGUUUUUUAAUAUAUUUUACAUUCAUAAAUAGCAGAUGACAGAUGACAGAUGUUGGGGGUAUUAUUUUUUGACAAACUUAGGUUUUUCUCACUCAACAGAUCCAGUACUACCCCAUCAAGGAACUUCACUACCUCCCCUAAACUUUCCUCAAACUCAACAGCCAGUAUCUCCUCAACCGUAACCAACGGAGACAGCAGCCCUGGCUACACACUCAACAACAGCACCACCUCUAGCAACAGGCAAGAGCUCUUUUCUUACCCAUUGCGAAUAAGCUUGUUCAUCCAGUACACAGACUUUUAAGUUCAUUCUCUCAUUUUUACUGUAAACUUAAUGUUGCACAGGACUUGUGGCCUUUUUUAAGUCAAUUUUGAAUACACACACAGUAGUCUGCCAUUUAAAAAUACCUCUUGUGCUUUUUUCCACUUUCUUUUACAGCCUUUAGUUUCUGUAUAAUGCAGCAGAAAAAAAAAAUCAACAAAACACACUCAGCACAUUAGUGACAGGGUAUUCUUGAAGGAAGUUCUUUGAUUAAAUCAUUUGAACAGUCCAAGGUUGAAUUCCUACAGACCAUCAUGAAGGCAUGUACUCUCUGAUUAAAGGACAUAAAAGAGAACAAAGAGCCCCUCGUCUGUUAGACACAGCAGAACUGGUAUUACGUACUUCUCCUCUUCAGUUCCCACUUCUGCUUUCUAUUGUUCAAAUGUUCAUUGUAUUUUUCUUCUGUGCAUUUGUUAGGUUAGUCUAUAGCCUUAAUUUGCUUUCAAGUAGGCUGGCUCCUCUCGAAUAAAUAUAUCCACGUAGACACCAUCUGAUGCUGCGCCAGCUUAGUUUUGAACAUAUUGUAUGAUGAGGAACAGGGAGUGAAAGAACACAGUGAAACUGUACUCUAUGGCAACAUAGAUCAGCCAGAGUGCUUAUUGAAAAAAGUGUUAUGGUCCUAAGGGGCUUACAUUUGCUCUUUAUGAAGUUUACUGCCGGGAUUAGCUCUGUAGGAUUACCGGAGAACUGAUUGACUAUUUUUUUUUAAGACUGUAUGAAAGAGGAAGUUUAAUUAUUUGUUUUCCUUUCGUGUAUUCCAUGCCACUCUUUUUGAGACAAAUGAUGCUGUAAAAGAGGAUGUUCAUUUAUUCGAUUCCUAUUCACGUUCACAAAAACCCAACAGAAAGUUAUUCAUAAGGGUGAGAUUACAUGGCUUUUGUACUGGAAAGUAUUUGGUGUGGCUAAUGAUCAUAACAAUCCUGUUUCAGUGUGUAUUGUAUUACUACAGCUUAGACCAGAACAAAACAGCAUGUGUAGAAAAUUGUGUUAGUUUGAACAAUAGUUUUUGAGAGAAGGGCAGUGUAACCAGCAAUGUAUCUCUUUUCUACUAUUAGUCACAGGUCUUCUCUUUCUACAGAUUGGGGGGCUAUAACUCAUACAGCUCCUCCUACAACUACAGAGAGUCCCAGUCACAGCCUGGGCUAUGUGGUCUCAGUAACUUGGGAAAUACAUGCUUCAUGAACUCUGCCCUCCAGGUAAAGAAAGGAGUGAUAGAAAUCCUGUCACAUUUUCUACUCAGUAAGGGCAUUUCCUUCGGGUGCCAGUCUUACGUCAUCUACUCUUUGUUUGCCUUCCUUCAGUGCCUGAGCAAUGCAUCUCCACUAACGGAGUACUUCCUGGAAGACCAAUACGAGGCAGAGAUUAACCGAGAGAACCCUCUAGGAAUGAGGGGCGAGAUCGCAGAGGCUUAUGCUGAUCUAGUAAAGCAGAUGUGGCUGAGUCGUAGCAGCUAUGUGGCUCCACGCACCUUCAAAGUGAGCUAUGACACAUUUCAGAAGCGGAUGCUGCCCACUGAUCAGACACGAAAAUGAUCCAUACAUUCCCAAAAGCUAAUUCAGUUCUAUCAUUGCGUUUCCAGACGCAGGUUGGACGCUUUGCUCCGCAGUUUUCAGGCUAUCAGCAGCAGGACUCACAGGAGCUUUUGGCUUUCCUGCUUGAUGGGCUUCAUGAAGACCUGAACCGUGUGAAGAAGAAGCCUUACCUGGCCCUAAGGGAUGCAGAGGGCCGUCCAGAUGAGGUAGAUCUGGGUGUAUCAAUUACAGUAUUACACUGGAUUUCUAAUACUAAAUAUUUUUACGGCUGUUGCAUUUCACCAAGGAAAGAAAACCUGCAUUCAAAGUGUCAGUGUGACAAAGGAAUAUUAACUGAGCUGCACAGCUGCUAGUUUCUGACUGCUUUCAGUUUGAUGCUGUGUAUUGUAUGCUUUUGUCUUGACAGUUCUAUAGCACCACAGAAGCACAAGGCUUAAAAAAUACUUGACAAAAUCAAGGCACACACUGAACUCUCUCCGAUGUUUAUUAAAUCGAUGUAUGAUUGAACUUUCUGUGUAAUUUCAGAUUGUUGCCAAGGAAGCCUGGACAAACCACCGCUUGCGCAACGACUCCAUCAUUGUGGAUAUUUUUCACGGCCUCUUCAAAUCCACCUUGGUGUGUCCAGAGUGCUCCAAGGUGUCCGUAACCUUUGACCCAUUCUGCUACCUCACACUGCCUCUGCCCAUGAAGAAGGACCGUACGAUGGAGGUUUUCCUGGUGCGAUCAGACCCUCAAUCUCGACCCACUCAGGUGAGAUGGAAACAGGCUCAGGGGUUUCUCUUGUGACCAAAACCACAACAAUAAAACUAAUACUGCUAGAUUCAUUCAUACCAGCACAUUAAUAGCAGUAUUCCCAUCUGAAAAAAAGAGAUGGCUCUGUACUUGUUAUUGAUGAGCUUUUCUUUCCUUUUCUCACAGUAUCGAGUGGUGGUCCCCAAACUUGGUACAGUGGCAGAUCUGUGCAGCGCCUUGUCCAAACUCUGUGGUUUCCCUCCAGAAAAUGUAAUAACCACAAUAACGUCUAGCAUUUUUAGUGAAGCUUUUGAAAUUUCUUUGUUUUUGUUUGGCAUGUAAAUACGUGCUGACUUUGUCCUUCAUGCUCCAGAUGGUGGUGGCCGAUGUUUACAAUCAUAGGUUCCACAAAAUUUACAGACGAGACGAUGGCCUGAAUCAAAUCAUGGAAAAAGAUGACAUCUUUGUGUAAGCGUUGUUCACCGUCUUCUCAGAGUAGUUAUUGUGUCGUGGUUUCUGUCUUAAAUGUAAUUGUUUUUUGCUUUUUCCAGGUAUGAGGUGCAGGAGGAGGACAGUGAGAGGAUGAACCUGCCUGUUUAUUUCAGGGAGCGCCACUCUAAGCACACGGGAAGCUCUGCAAGCACCAUGCUGUUUGGCCAGCCUCUUUUAAUCACCGUGCCCCGACACAACCUCAUAGCAGACGUUCUGUAUGACAAGAUCAUGGAGAGGAUUGGGUGAGUGUGUAGGGUGUAGAAACCCUCAUCAUGAAAGAAAGAGAAGGUGUGGAUGAAAUGGAGUUUUAAUCAUUUGUCUUUACACAAAUUCCCUCUGUUUCUUGUUGUGCAGGCGCUAUGUAAAACAAUCCCAGAGCCCGAACAGUGAAAGCAGGGCUUCAGCCUCAGCCACCUUUACCAGCUGCAGUCAGGCCCCUGAAUGUUCCACGUCGUCCAGCCUGGGAGGCUGUGGUAGCCCCCUGUCUGAUGAGGCGUCCUGCAGUGCUAACUCCAGUAACGGCAGUAACCACUCAGGGACCUGCAACGAAACCAAUGGGCUGUAUGAUGGUAAGCAGGGCACACUGUUUUUUGACCAGAUUGUAAGGGGUGUAAAGGAAACCCAGAGAAAAGUGUUCAUAGAGUAAACUUUACAAAAACACUGAAGGGAUUGAAUCUGUGUCUGCUCAGGUGAGGAGGAGGCCAUGGACCACCAGGUGAGUCCAGAGCCAGAGAAUGGCCAGUCUGAAGAAGAGGAGGAGGAGACCUCUGACUUGGAAAACGGGUCCAAGGGAGACCCAGCCAAGCAGUGCUCUUCUCCAGCCAAGCUCUUCACCUUCAGCAUAGUGAACUCUUAUGGGACAGCCAACAUCAGCCCGCUGCCUUGUGAUGGAAAUGUCCUCAAACUCAAUCGUCAGUGUCAAGCUCAAUACUGAGAAAUUCCUUUUUAGCAUGCCCCUAAAAUCCCCUGUCGUUGAUUCAGCCCCUCUCCCUCUCCUCUUUUCUGCAGCACAUUCCACGGUGGCGAUUGACUGGGACACAGAGUCGAAGAAACAGUGCUAUGAUGAACAAGAAGCUGAGGUCAGUGGGUUGAUAGUCAUCUCACAAUCCUGUGACUAGAUAUGCAAGCAGUAUGUUUAUUUUUGUAUGAAUACUGUGCACAGGCCUAUGAAAAGCAUGAAAGCAUGCUUCAGCCCCAGAAAAAGAAGGCCACUGUCGCUCUGAGGGAAUGCAUUGAGCUUUUUACAACCAUGGAGACCCUCGGAGAACAUGAUCCAUGGUAAGACUUCACAACCACGGCCUUGUUUUACAUUAGACCUCUGCUGUUGUUGCUGUCCCUCUUAUUUAAAUGUGAUCUUUUUUCAAAUGCAGGUACUGUCCAACGUGUAAGAAACACCAACAGGCCACAAAAAAGUUUGACUUGUGGUCACUGCCUCGUAUUCUGGUAGUUCACCUAAAGCGCUUCUCCUACAACCGGUGUUGGAGGGACAAGCUGGACACAGUGGUGGACUUUCCCAUCAGGUAUGCAGGCAGUCAUUAUCAUUAUUAUCACCCAAUAAGUCUGUAUCAUACAAAAAGAUAUAAAGGUAUUGGUAGUGAUGUUAUACCAAGAAAAAAGAAAAAGUUUUGAUUAGUAUUGUAGUCUGAUACUUCUGCCCAAGAGAAAUGGCACUGAUGUGUUAAAGUAGGUCCAGACAUCAGUAAGCAAACAAUUGUAUGUUACCCUAAAAUAAAAGCAGAGUUUUGUUUCAGAAUCAGAAUCAAAAUUACUUUAUUAAUCCCAAACUGGGAAAUCAUGGUGUUACAGCAGCUUUUUCCUAGUGAGCCAAAACUAUAAGAAUAUAAGAAGGACACAUAUUAAGAAAUUACCUUCAUGUAAAUAUAAUAAAUAUAGCACAAUUUACAACUUUCAUUUUCCCUUAACUUUGUAUACAAUAAAUACUGAAUACAACACUAACUGGACUUUUCUGGCUGAAAUUUGAAAGGAGCAGUGGUGCCAUUAAAAAUAGAAAUAUGAAUACAGUAUGUUGUAAGGAAUGAAAGUAUUUAACAGUAUUUACAGGUCGGUGAGCAGAGCAGAGUACAAAUAUCAUGAUAGGGACAGUGACAAUACUCUACUCACAAGAGGUGUGCAGUUGUACAGUGGUAUUGCCCUUGGUUGGAAAAUUUUCCUGUAUCAGUCACCAAAUCUUGUCCAAACUGACCUGAGGAUGCACAAUUUUCCUGUCAAUUGAUGAAUAUCAUCAUUCAGGGUUGGUGUGUCUAUUGUGUUUUUACACAAGGGGGAGCUGUGGUGUUAAGUACUCACUGAAUGAGGUGACCUCAGGAAAUAGUUAAGGUUGUUUUUUUCUUUUAAGAUAUGGUCCCUUCUCUUUUGAGAACUGUCAUCAUCCUCCAAAGAACAAAGACAAUGUCCCUUUUGUCAUUAUCUGUUUGGUUGCGAAACUAUUACGCCUCUCAGAAGUAGCCUUUAAACCCUGUGUGAGUCAUUAAUCUUGUGUCAGUUGGCAGGGUUUGGAAUUUCCUUUGUGUUUUCAAACAGGGAAGUUGGUCUAGGAUUUUGUGGUCCAACGACGAUCUGACUCACUCUGUGCUCUGUUUAAAGCACAUAACCUUUGUUGCAAAACCAGGAAGCAGAGAAAAUGUAACCGGAGUCCUGGUUUUAAAAAGCUGAGUCAUGCUUACACAGUUUUUUUUUUUUGACAUACAGGAGGCCAAGAUACUAGAUCUUGAUGUGUCCAUCAUUUGCUAUCGAGAGUUUACUGGGUAUCUCACUGUGUUGGUAAUGCUAUGUUUUUUUGUUUUGUCCCUGUGCAUUCUUUGAUAUCUCCUUCUUCAUCAGGGAUCUGAACAUGUCUGAGUUUGUGUGUGACCCCAAGGCAAGCCCAUAUACAUACGACCUCAUUGCUGUGUCAAACCACUAUGGAGGAAUGGGAGGGGGUCACUGUAAGUCACUAUUUAAAUAUUUCCUUUUUUCUUUCUUUUCAUAGUAAAACAAACUUAUCAUACCAUGCCAACCUAAUUUUAAACUGUUAGCUACUUAUCACAACUCUGAACCAUUUCAUCAUUUCGGUAACUCAACAAUACUUCUUAUGCUAACAGAUAGUUCAGUCUCAAAACUUAAAAACAAAAGGUGUCAUCAGGUGUUUUAACAACCACUGUGUCGCCAUGGAUACUGCAAUCAGUAACAUUUGUUCUCCAUGGGCUGUCUUUCUCAAGAGUCUUUUAUUUUGUAUUUGCUCUGCCCGUUCACACUGAGAUCAUCUGAUAAGAUGUUUUGAAUAAGCAGAUGGCCAUAAAAAGCUGUUCGUUAACACGUCUCUCUCUCUCUCUCUCUCUCCCUCUCCCUCUCCCUCUCCCUAUUAGACACAGCUUAUGGCAAGAAUAAAGUGGAUGGAAAGUGGUAUUACUUUGAUGACAGCAGCGUCUCCUCUGCCACAGAGGACCAGAUUGUGGUGAGUUGUAACUCCUCUUAUUAGCUGUGUAGUUCAACACAUUCUCAGUGUUAGUCGAUCUUUGUGCUUUUAAUGAAAUGACAGAUGUUUGAUAAGUCCUCGGCCUUCUUGGCUCUGUCAGUGUCAAGUCUCGCUGUUGUUGUAGUGUAACCUUAUCCUUGAUCUCCCUGGCAGACUAAAGCAGCCUACGUGCUGUUCUAUCAGCGCAGAGAUGAAGAAGCCCCCUCCAAACCUCAGCCUUCGGCCUCGCUGGGAGGAGCUCCAGAAACACUCGAUGACCACAUGGACACAAAUUGAGGAGCCCAGACAGGCACUGAUAAUACACACGGCAAAUAGAGACACUCGGACGCGCACACACACAAAGCAACUUUAGAAACGGAGAACUCCACACAGACUUUUCAUAAUUAACCCCACCUUCACCGUAUUUUAUUUCAUUUCUGUCUCGUAUGUUGUCAACUAGAGCCAACAGCCUUGUCAGGACAGUGACCUGAGGCACUCCUUCUCUGCAGCGGCUGGUCUACUGAUUCCUGAGCAUAGUUUACUAGUGUGGAACUCAGAGGAGUAUACAAGAAUAGCGAUCCUCUCACUGGAUGAACAGAAUGUUAGAAGUGCCCUAUAAUGCAUAGUCCAACAAAUAUUUCUGUUGCCCCCAACAACAGUCAGAAAUAUUUCAAAAAAGCCAAAUGCAAAUGUUGUUUCAACCAAAGCAUACUACGGUAUUUAUGAAAAUGAACAAACUGUUUUGUUUUUUUGCAGGAUUCUGGCAUUGUGCCUAGACUUAUCUCUAAAGAUCUUGCUGUGUUGCAGUGAAUGCAAACUCUAACAGUGUGAUGUGCACACAGUACAUGCCAUGCUUGUUGAAGAAAUCCUGCUGCCUUUUCCGUCUGUGCAGAGUGAAGCACUGAUGGGGAUCUCACUGCUGCAGAGUAGCUGUGGCAGCUGUGCGGGCGCCCCGUCAGGUCUGAGUUGCGAUCUAAACCACAGACAGGGUGUUGUCUUGUUUGUUUGUUUUUUUAAAGGUAUUAAGAUCUGCAUCCUGAAAUGAGUUUUGCAGAAGCGGUGUAACCUCGCUCCUACUCAGCCAUCUUUUUUUCCCCUGGGCACACAGUGUGGUGUAAAAUUGUGAGGAAAAUCUCACCCCGCUAAUAUUUUUUUUUCCUUUUCUUUGUAAUCACAUUGCAAAAGCGGCCUUUUGAUUCCUGCAACCUGUCAAAAAAGGAGGCACUUUGAAUUCUCCAUGAGUACAUUAUCUACCUGCUUCUUGGGUAUCUAGCCAUGACAGAAUUGUAUGGUUUGGCCUUAGCAUUAAGGGUUAUGGUCUGUCAUACACUUCCAGAUCAAUAUAAUGUGUCUUAUGAACAUAUUUUGAUUGCUGCCUGAUUGGACCCCCAGCUCACCUGCAAUGGCUUGUCCUUAUCAGUCUUGUACAUUAAUGCAGCUCUGUAUUGACAUGGCUCUGUUAUUUGAUAUCUUUAAAGCACACUGAGUGACGCAAAAUAAACUAGUAUAAAAGUGGUGCUUUAUUCAUGAAACUUGAACUUUCUCCUUGUACUGAGGAACAAUCGACACGUGUCAUCCGAUGGGGUUAGGGGCGCUGUACCCCAUCAGCUUUCUCAGUGAAUCCAGGCAUUUUGAGCCAAUUGUUUUCCUUCCAGUGAUCACAGACUGAGCUACUUGGCAAAAAUGGACUAAAUCGUAUGUUGGUAUCAUAGGAAAGUAAUCACAGGAUUAUCCCUGGAAGCACAGCUUUGACAGGUGUAUUGAAUAGACUGAGUCCAAAAGAGGAAUGAUUAUACUCAGUCUAAGGGGUCUUGUACUGAAACCAGAUGGCGGUCAGUGCUUCAUGGAAAUUUUAACAUAAGUCUUGUUCUGUGGCAUAAACUCUGCACUUUGUUGCAUAACAGCAUGUUGACAUGAAGGGCCUCCAAGUGUCCCUUUUACUGGUCGGUCCUGCCAUCAUUAUGUUGUUGAGAGAUGACUACCUAAAUAUAAUCAUUUAUGCCUAUGACUAGAAAAAGCUUUACAUCAUAUCUGUAAUCCUAGACUCUUGGUUAAAAACCAAAAGCAGCCAAUCUGGUUUUCUUUUACUCAAAUCAUGGCAGCAAUUCAAAUUCAAAAAUAACACAAGAGAUGUAAAUAAUCAUACUAUUUGAAAAUAGGUGUAUAAAUUCUUGUCCUCAUAUUUAUCUUAUUGCUGAUAUCUGCAGUAUUUGUUUUUAAAUGAGAAAUAUUUGAAUUCAAAGUACAAUAAAGACUGGAAGCCUCAACAAGAUGGUUUGUUUGGAGUAAUUGCACACACAAACUUUAUACAACUCAGACUAGACUUCAGCAGAGGAAAAGUUAUGAAAUAUCUCUGCGAUGAUCUUUGUAUGCAGGUGAUGCAACCCGAAUUACAUGCUCUUCGUGCUAAGAGGUUGUGAAAUAAACUCUUAUCUGUUA